UUCAUGGGUUUGCCUUGGUAUUGUGUCCAUACCGUCGUGUUGAAUGAUCCUGGCCGGUUAAUCGCUGUGCAUAUAAUGCAUACAGCUCUAGUUUCUGGAUGGGCCGGUUCGAUGGCUCUUUACGAAUUAGCAGUUUUCGAUCCAUCCGAUCCUAUUCUUGAUCCAAUGUGGAGACAAGGUAUGUUCGUUAUACCUUUUAUGACUCGUUUAGGAAUAAAGGAUUCAUGGGGUGGAUGGAGUAUAACCGGAGAAACCGGAUCUAAUCUAGGUAUUUGGAGUUAUGAAGGUGUGGCCGGGGCACAUAUUGUGUUUUCUGGCUUGUGCUUUUUAGCAGCUAUCUGGCAUUGGGUAUAUUGGGAUCUAGACGUAUUCUGUGAUUCCCGUACAGGAAAACCUUCUUUAGAUUUGCCUAAGAUUUUUGGAAUUCAUUUAUUCCUCUCAGGAGCAGCUUGUUUCGGAUUCGGAGCGUUUCAUGUAACGGGUUUGUAUGGCCCUGGAAUAUGGGUGUCUGAUCCUUAUGGACUAACUGGAAAAAUACAGCCUGUAAAUCCGGCAUGGGGAGCUGAAGGUUUUGAUCCUUUUGUUCCGGGAGGAAUAGCUUCUCAUCAUAUUGCAGCAGGUAUAUUGGGUAUAUUAGCAGGUCUAUUCCAUCUCAGUGUUCGUCCUCCCCAACGUUUAUACAAAGGAUUACGUAUGGGGAAUAUUGAAACUGUCCUCUCCAGUAGUAUUGCUGCUGUGUUUUUUGCAGCUUUCAUUGUGGCCGGAACAAUGUGGUAUGGUUCCGCAACCACUCCGAUCGAAUUAUUUGGUCCUACUCGUUACCAGUGGGAUCAGGGAUACUUCCAACAAGAAAUAGAUCGACGAGUUCGUGCCGAUCUGGCUGAAAAUCUGAGUCUAUCAGAAGCUUGGUCAAAAAUUCCCGAAAAACUUGCUUUUUAUGAUUACAUUGGGAAUAAUCCAACUAAAGGGGGGUUAUUCAGGGCGGGUGCAAUGGACAAUGGAGAUGGAAUUGCUGUUGGUUGGUUAGGACACCCUAUUUUCAAAGAUAAAAAUGGACAUGAGCUUUUUGUACGUCGUAUGCCUACCUUUUUCGAAACAUUUCCAGUCGUUCUAGUAGAUGAAGAAGGAAUUGUGAAAGCCGAUGUUCCUUUUAGGAGAGCAGAAUCAAAAUAUAGUGUUGAACAAGUAGGUGUAACUGUUGAGUUCUAUGGUGGUGAACUUGAUGGAGUUAGUUUUGGUGAUCCUGCUAUAGUCAAAAAAUAUGCUAGACGCGCACAAUUAGGUGAAAUUUUUGAGUUAGAUCGUGCUACUUUGAAAUCGGAUGGUGUUUUUCGGAGUAGCCCAAGGGGUUGGUUUACUUUUGGGCAUGCUACAUUUGCUCUUCUUUUCUUUUUUGGACAUAUUUGGCAUGGUGCUAGAACUCUAUUCAGAGAUGUUUUUGCCGGUAUUGAUCCGGAUUUGGAUGCUCAAGUAGAAUUUGGGGCAUUCCAAAAACUGGGAGAUCCAACUACUAAAAGACAAGUGAUCUCAACCAAUACUAUUGUUUUUAUGGCUACACAGACCAUUGAUGAUACUUCCAAAACCGGACCAAUACGAACUACUGUAGGAGAUUAUUUAAAACCACUUAAUACAGAAUCUGGUAAAGUUGCUCCCGGAUGGGGAACUACUCCUUUUAUGGGCAUUGCAAUGGCCCUAUUUGCAGUAUUCUUAUGUAUUAUCUUGGAGAUUUAUAAUUCUUCCAUUUUAUUAGACGGAAUUCCAGUUAGUUGGUUUACCUAUCUCAAUAAAGUAUACGAUUGGUUCGAAGAGCGUCUCGAGAUUCAGGCGAUUGCGGAUGAUAUCACUAGUAAAUAUGUUCCUCCCCAUGUGAAUAUAUUUUAUUGCCUAGGGGGAAUCACACUGACUUCUUUUUUGGUACAAGUAGCUACCGGUUUUGCUAUGACUUUUUACUAUCGUCCCACCGUUCUAGAAGCUUUUGCCUCUAUUCAAUACAUAAUGACUGAAGUUAACUUCGGUUGGCUAAUCCGAUCGGUCCAUCGAUGGUCGGCAAGUAUGAUGGUUUUAAUGAUGAUCUUACAUGUAUUUCGCGUUUAUUUAACAGGUGGGUUCAAAAAACCUCGCGAAUUAACUUGGGUUACGAGUGUAAUUCUAGCCGUAUUAACCGUAUCUUUCGGUGUAACCGGUUAUUCUUUGCCCUGGGAUCAAAUUGGUUAUUGGGCGGUCAAAAUAGUGACCGGUGUGCCUGAGGCCAUUCCGUUAAUAGGAACUCCUUUGGUAGAGUUAUUACGCGGGAGUGCUAGUGUGGGUCAAUCUACCUUGACCCGUUUUUAUAGUUUACACACUUUCAUAUUACCCCUUCUUACUGCUGUAUUUAUGUUAAUGCACUUUCUAAUGAUCUGCAAGCAAGGAUUCAUUCAUAAAAAUCUACUUAUCCCAAUAACAAAGAAACCUGACUUAAAUGAUCCUGUAUUAAGGGCUAAAUUAGCUAAAGGCAUGGGACAUAAUUAUUAUGGCGAGCCCGCUUGGCCUAAUGAUCUCUUAUAUAUUUUUCCAGUAGUUAUUUUUGGUACUAUUGCAUGUACCGUAGGUUUAGCAGUUCUAGAACCAUCAAUGAUUGGUGAACCGGCAAAUCCAUUUGCAACUCCUUUGGAAAUAUUACCCGAAUGGUAUUUUUUCCCCGUAUUUCAAAUACUUCGUACAGUACCUAAUAAAUUAUUAGGUGUCCUUUUAAUGGCUUCAGUACCUGCAGGACUAUUGACAGUCCCUUUCUUGGAGAAUGUGAAUCAAUUUCAAAAUCCAUUUCGUCGUCCAGUAGCUACAACAGUAUUCUUAUUCGGUACCGCAGUAGCUCUUUGGUUAGGUAUUGGGGCAACGUUACCUAUCGAUGAAUCUUUAACUCUAGGUCUUUUCCAAUUUGAUCUAAUUUAGAAUAUCUUAAUAUAGGAGAGGAGGGAAAUCUUUUGUUUAUAUAUCUAGGGAGUCGUUGCUUUAAGAUAAAGGGUCUCUCCCUAGAUAUAUUUUUUAUCAAAUAUUUUCUAAUA